AUGAAAUUAUAUUUCGGAGACGAAAUUCAAUGCCGUUGCAACCUUUCAACUUGCCGCAGUAAAAGAAGUAUACGGAAAGGCACAUGGUUUGAAUCAUCGAGAUUGAGUGUUUUGAAGUGUUUAAGAUUCAUUUAUGGUUGGAGUGAAGAAUUAACUUCAGUUAAAUGGUGUGAAAAGCAGUUGGAAAUCAGUCACGGAACAGUUGUGGAUUGGAAUAACUACAUGCGAGAGGUUUGUGUGGAUUCUUUACUUAAACGUCAACAACGCAAAAUAGGAGGCCCUGGUAUGAUCGUUGAAGUGGAUGAAAGUAUGUUCACGAAGCGCAAAAACAACGCGGGACGGAUUUUACCACAACAGUGGAUCUUUGGUGGAGUUUGUCGUGAAACAAACGAAUGUUUCCUUGUGAUGGUGCCAAACCGAUCCAUGAGUAUUAUAUUAGAGGCAAUAAAUGAAAACAUCGAAAAAGGAACUACAAUAUAUUCCGAUUCAUGGAAAUCAUAUUGCACUGAAAAACUGGAAGAGGAAAGUUUCGAACAUUUCAAAGUGAACCAUAAAUACAAUUUUGUAGAUCCGGAAACUGGAACGCACACGCAAAAAAUUGAAAGACUAUGGGGAAGCGCAAAAUGGCGGAAUAAGAAACACAGAGGAACUGCUCGGCAUCAUCUGGAAAGUUACCUCGCCGGAUUUAUGUGGCGAAAAAACACUAAAGACCCAUUUGAAAAAAAACGAUAUUAA